AUGAUGCAGAUUUCCUUGAGGGCUUCGAUUUGUCAGUUGGAAAUACCUGGCAGUACCCCACCUCCCAUGAUAUUCGCAACUACCAGUUUGUUAUCUCUGAACGUUGUCUCUAUCAGAACUGUCUAGUGUGCAUCCCUACGGGCCUAGGAAAAACCUUCAUCGCAGCAGUUGUGUUGCACAAUUUCCUCCGAUGGUAUCCCUCUGGUCGGGUAGUAUUUAUGGCGCCAACACGACCACUGGUGACUCAGCAAAUGGAGGCCUGUCGAGAGUUCACUGGAAUGUCUCCGGAUAUUUUUACUGAAUUGACUGGAAUCAUACAGCCGCACCAGCGUGCCGUUAUGUGGGAUCAAUUCCGUGCCUUCUUCCUCACACCUCAGGUGAUCGUGAAUGACCUGAUCUCUGGGAUUUGUCCUGCCUCAUCUAUCAGGUGUAUAGUGAUCGAUGAAGCCCAUAAGGCUACCGGGAAUCACGCAUACUGUCAGGUCAGCCUUUUCAUAUUUUCAUGCUGUUGUUCAUUCGAGCUAUGUUGUCUUGCAUACUUUGACCUAAUUGCUAAUUAACUACUUCAUUAAUUAACGGGACCGGAAAGCCGGUAGCCUUAUGCAUAGUCAUUACGGCCUUUUCUGACACCUCUGAGCUCCUGGAUAUAGUGGUAUCAGUUCGAAGACCUACUGAGAAUAUCUUCACGGGGCUCUACUUUGACCGACAUGAAUCCAUGUUCGCGGGGGAGUUCCCGGGCAAACGUCUGGGAUCUCAAGCCUAUUUCAUCUGAUUUUCCUGGAAGCCACUUGGUUUGCAUACCCCUGAGGCCACCAACUUUUCGUCAUGAUAACACCAUAUGUACUCAGGAUCAGUUUACUAUAGCCCCUUGAUGCGGUUUCGCUGCGCUUCUCACCUAUUCGAUACCGGAGUACACGAUGCCUGGUUCCUGUGCGUUUUGGAACUAUCCUACAACUGGAAUUAUGCUGAACGGGUAAGUCAUCGAGUAAAUAAGUACACCAGAGGACGUCCCCUAAAAGUUGAAUUUCGGGGGAAGAUGUCCUAUGAGGAGGAAACAAUGUUUAGUUAUUAAGUUAUCCUGAACGAACUACGACUAUCAUGCUGUUGGACAGCUGUCCUUGCUUGGUCUGUACGAAGUCUUUUUGCCCGAGUUCUAUUACUUGACUUACAACCUCGUCAGCGUCAAUCAAUUACUGUCACAGUGACAUGGCUUAAUGAACACUCAGUUUCAUCGGUGUCGACACAAUGGCCAGAUCUAAUUUGGUACGUUAGACCGCGGUUAUUUAUGUCCUUGUCUUUCUUCCGAAUCAUACUGAACGACUCUCCCUCGCCUUUUCUAGUUCGACCAAUGUAUCUUGUUUUACAGGAUAGUGAGUGCAUAUUGAGAGAUGGUGGGGCAGCAUGCUCUCAUUUCAUCUGAUAAGUCGAGUUUGUUGGUGGACAGGAGAGUGUUUACCGUGGGAAGGUCGUUCAACGAUCAGGUUAUGGGACAUCUUCGUCCGGUUGCCCCUUGACCUCAAUCUAGAGCCCUCGCAAUCCGUUGCACAGACCAAAAAAUGAUGUCUGAAGCUCAAAUUAUCCAAACGUAUGGUUGGUCAUAGUUGACUGACAAACGCUAAUAAGUCAGAACCGGCCAUCUCAGUCUCCGUUGUCAUUGUCGGUAUUCACUAAUGGAGGUGAAAGUUUGAGUUCCAGGUGUAUGUAUAAGCAAAGAAAACAGGUAGAGCACCGGAACAGUUUGUUUAUUGUAAGUCUUCAGAGGCAGUAACAGCAGAGCAAGCGACAAUUAUAAGGAUGUUAGCCAAUCGUCGAUUGAUUUCGGUACUGCUUUUUCAGGGAAGUAGAUGAGCAAACCGUGUUUCGACAUACGUUUUCUACUACUUUCAGUGCUUGACUUGGCGAGGGCGACUUUCUAAUAUUCCUGUGGUCCGACGAUCUUUUUGGUGAAGUUUUGGCUCAAUAAUAGCCGUUCCAAAGCCAACUAUCCGCUUGCCAGUCAGUGGGUUAGUUCAUUUUUUCCGCUGAUGGUUACGAAGUAUCCAGGGUUCAUAUACUGUCUUGACUUUCUUCCCCUCCAUGAAACUUCCUCUUCCAAUUGGGACUUGUACGUGUGAGAACAAUGAGAAAUCGAUUAAUCUUGACCGUUUCAAAUCCGUAGUUAGUUGAUUUAUUAUGAAAUGCAACCCACUUAAGUUGACACGUUAAUUUCCAAGUCCAAAAACUCGUCUACUCAGUAGCUGAAAAGCACCGAGGAAGAAAAUAAUGGCAUUGACCGCGGAUAUAUUAUGGCUUACCACUUGACGCCUUCCCCAAGCUGUCAAAACAGAUUCGAUCAGUUAGUUGGUUUCUUGGCCCAGACCACCGUCUUAACACGUUUUUAUAUAACAGGCUGCAAGGCAGACAGGGCGAAAUGAUUCUCACAUUUUCAGCUCUUCCCACGCCAUCCCCUCAACGGCUGAAAUGAAACUGUCCUUGGCCAAAAAUGAUAGGCUGGUGUGAAACUUACCAAGGAGCGCUUUAUGUGUAAUUUAUGUGCUUAGAGGGCCGAACAUUUAUAGAAAUUGUGUUUUUGAGCAGUACUGGUUGUAGUUAUUUUACUUUGGAACCGAUCGCCCAGAAAAAAUCAACACGGUGGAGCUUGUGCUCAAAAGUGCUGGUUGGAUCCGUGUAAUUGUUUAUCUCCGCCGACUGCUUCUUUGUUCAUUGGCGUUUCUACUAAACAAGGUUGAUCUCAUUAUUCUAGUAAAAAAAAUCGUGACAGGCUGUUUAUUGAACCCACCCCUGGGUAUCUUUCGGGCGAAAACUAUACGGAUCACCACUUCUUCCCUCUCUCCGUACGGAAGGAGACCAUUGUUGGCCAACGGUGUACCUGCCGCCCGAGCGAAAGUGUUCAAUGCAAAGUGGGUAAGACGUAUCCGACUUCUGAAUAUAUUUGUUUCUUUCAAUUAAGGUAAUACGAACACUCACCAGUCCGCCUUACAACCACCGACAAUUCCGCAUCGUCGCUCUUUCAGCAACGCCCGCCUCUGAUUUGGUUGGUGCACAAGCCAUCAUUGCCAACCUACUGAUAUCUCACCUAGAGGUCCGCACAGAAGACUCUGAGGACAUUAGGAAGUUCAGCUUCGCGCGGGAGCUGGAAACCGUGGUGGUUCGCUUGGGUCCCCAGCUGGCCUCCGUCAAGAACCGUUUAUGUGAGCUGGCUCUGCCUCCCCUACAACGACUCCAUAAUCACGGAGUCCUGGAUUCACGCGGCCGUGACAUUGAUCCCGAGUCUUAUGCCAAAUUUACCCUCGUUAAGGCUAGAGAAGCCUUUAGCCAGGAUCUGUCUAUGCGGUAUACUCCGGUGACUGGGAUGAUUCACCAGGACUUCCGCACGGCCAUAUGUCUGGCUCACGCUCUCGAACUACUUACUCAACAUGGACUUCGUCCCCUCUAUCAUUUCUUACUAAGCAAUCUUUCCGGUGAUAACUCCCCCUCUGGCCACACAACCGACCUCGCCCGAGUUCCGGGCGCGAAGGAGCUUGUUUUCGACCUGGGCACCCUGUUUGGUUUCGAGAAGUCAGCAGUGGGCAGCUUGCCAGGUAUGGUGCUUAGUCAGAGCCCCUUUGUUGCAGGUCACCCGAAGCUCGAUAAACUGCGUGAGAUACUGACGAACCACUUCACCGAGACUGAUCCGCCUACAAAACAAUCAACUCGGGCUAUAGUAUUUACCCAGUUUCGCGAGUCUGUUUUUGAAAUUAUGCACAUGCUCAAGCAGCAUGCUCCCUUGCUCCGACCGGCUCUUUUUGUUGGUCAGUCCUCCUCUGGACAUGGCGCCCGGUCCGGCACCUCCGUUGCCGCAGCCCCUCUUGACGCAGUUAUGUCGAACUCGCUGACAGCUUUCCCGAAACCUGGAAGGAAGGGCACAACUCAGCGCGACCAGCUACGGGUGAUCGAUGACUUUCGAUCUGGUCGUUCCAACAUACUCGUCUCCACGUGUAUCGGCGAGGAGGGUCUUGAUGUUGGUGAUGUUGACCUUAUCGUCUGUUUCGACGCUUACAGAUCACCCAUUCGACUUAUUCAGCGACUCGGAAGAACCGGUCGUAAACGCUCUGGACGUGUAGUCGUGCUGCUCACAGAGGGUCGUGAACAGUCCAAUUUUUCCCUCAGCAAGGCUCGAUGCAGCACCGUGCAUCAGGCCCUUCUUCGAGCAGAGACACAUAAGCGCCUAGCUCUUUACCCGCACAAUCCGCGCAUGGUGCCACUCGGUGUCAAACCUGUUCCUGUGCCCUGGGUCCCUGCUCAUGUUUCUGUCGAUUCGGACCCCUCGAUUGUUCCGCCGAUGUCUAGAAAGAGACGAAAAAGUCGCUUUGUUUAUGCGCUUGAUCCCACCUCUGCAUCUCUACGAGAGUGCAUUUUGGCACACGUGAACAGACGGGACUUGUCCUCUCUGAAUUUCCACUUUUCGCGCUUCUCUCCAUCUCAUUUUCUUUCCAAGAAGGCAAUGAGGAUGCUGCCAACAUCGCACUCACCCUCAUCCAUAUCCGACACACUGACUUUACGUCACAAUUUGGCGCGGCCUUCAUGCCUCGCACGCAUUCGAGAAUCUUUUCAGACCUGUUCUUUUGCCUCCGGGCCGUCCUCUGUCACCUGGCAUUUACUUGCCGUUGCGCGCCUCAUUGAGACCCAUCGCCUGGGUGCCACACAUAUCAUGUUUCACGCAACUGGCUUGCGAAGCCUUGACUUGAACAAGCCGCUUUCGGAGCUCUUGCCUCAGGCAAGUCAAGCCCUUUCACAGCAGACCGGCUCCUCUAAAGAUGUGUGUGUUGUCCAAUCCAAGCCGGUGGUCGGAUCCGAACCAGGGGCAGCUCCUUCGUCGUCCUCACCUGAGGCUCCCCUUCCCUCUACACGCCAUCUGUACUUUGUGCGCGGACUCGUGUCGGGGGCCACCCUUGUGAACCCCAAUAUGACGUGUGCUCCGUUAUGCCUUCCCAGUCCGUCAGCCGGAACUUUCAUUUCGGUAGAGACUCUGCAAGGGGCUCUCACUCGCCUGCUAGGUUCCGUUUGCGACGAGGACCAGGAAAUUGCUAAGACUGAGUCAGAAACCCCCCCAAUGGUUGACUUUCCUGGGCAGGGAUUUUUAAACCACCGCGAUUUCUCUUGUGUAGUGGAUGAUGUAUUCCAAGAGACAGACAACAGAGAUCCUACUUUAGCCUCUUCUAGAACUGAAGAGUUUGAUCACCGUAAAUGUUACAACUGCCAGAAACCGUCAACGACUUCAACCUCCGUCAUCUUUGAUUCCGCUUUUGGUCUACCUGCUCCAAUUAUCCAAACAUCGUCUCCCUACUCCUCAAAGAAGUCGAGGCUUGCCUUCGCGUUCGGAUUUAGCUCUGCCUCUCCCGUCGGGCCUCAACCUGCCACUCCACUUGCCCCUUCUCGCCUGGAUUUCAACUCCCGCCUAGAAUUUGAUGACGAACUUUUGGACCUUCUAAGGCAAACGCAGAGCUAAGUGUUGCUGGGGAUUCGAUUAGCACGGUUCUGUGAAUUGGAAAUCACCUUCCACACGGUGUGAGCUCGCCCAACGGUAAGCAGUCCUUGUUAUAGCAAGAGCACCGGUGUCUCGCUCCCCCUUUACCGUCACUCAAUUUUUCUCGUUUACUAGGCCCAUAUUGGAUGAAGUGCGAUGAUUGCACUGCUGACCAUCCUUUGUUGAGAGCACUUUUGGUUCCACCCACUCCUCGUCGGUCGCCGUAUCUUAACCGAGUUGUGAACGCAAUGCGCGAACUUCAAGCAGCGAUUGUCUCAAAGUACAUGAAUCCUUCGCCAAGAAAUUAUGCCCUGCUGGGCCGAAGCCGAGGGCUGCUGUACUGGUAAUCAACCAAUUAUUUGAUUUUUAAUUCGAAAAGUCAGGUCCUCAAUUUAACAACACUUCUUUCAGGGCUUUUCGAAUCUUGGGUGAAAGGGGAUUUAAGGGUGGGAGUAGCAUGAUAACGCGCAGUCUAUUUGCAAAUGUUUUUAUAGUCCGGUCUAUUUAUUAUUUUCUUUGGUCUAUUCAGACUUUGUCGUUCGCCUUCCUUUAUCGUAUUGCCUUCAAUCUGUCAUCUCUACCGUGUCUGCUAUCAUUUUUUGUAUUCUAAGUCGUGAUCGUCACGACGCCUUCAGCGUACUCCCUGUUCUUGCGGUGACUUCUAUCAGGAAUCAUUAGUAGGUUUUAUGUAGCAUUCAGGCUGCAUCUGGAUUAACUACCGUAUUGUCUACCCAGUGCCUCUUAACUACGCUGAUGGAGGAGUUUAUACCUCAUGAUGCACAGUACUAAAAACGGCUUUAAAUCCGUAACAUCUUGUGGUUUCUUUGACCUCGCCGUCAGGUUAUCCUGACAUCACAACAUGUCCUCUGUGAACUGGGCAAUUGGGCUAUGUGGACAAUCCCUCAAUGCCAGCGUCUCCUUUGCAGCCGGGCAGUGUGCUACUGACACAAUGCGAACGCAAAGAAGACAUGGCCUUCCUGUCAGUUCGGCUGCGAGCCACUGAGUACAUGUCCGCAGGCGGCUGAUAGUGGAGCGACUUUAGGUGAGAGCUAGUUGUGAAAAACAGAUCCAGGCGUCUGGCAAAUGUACAGUCGUGAAUCACGUAGCGUAGCUGGGCACCAGUCUGACAAGCCGGCUUCCUACCAAAAAUCACAAGUCCCAGUGGUGUUACAACAUGACGUCCGAUGAUGUUUCACCCAUUAUCCCACGUAAUCCUGAGUCUGAAGGUGUAUGCAACAGGGGUAAAGAGGUCUCUGCUGCGCGAUCCAGUUGGACUUGUUGCGUUCUAAUGGGUUUGAGAAGAUAAAUUCCCUGUUCACCUUGAGCAUGCUCUGUCCUCAUAUGCCGCUCCUGAAAAUGACUUCCUCGGGAACUAUCUGCUCAGUCAUAAUUGAAAGUCAAACCCUAGAGUCCGCCAUUCAUGUAGGUCUGAGCGUCACACAUACCAGAAACGCCUGAUCCUCGUCGCUUCCGUAAAACACCGCAGAUCGACAUGAAUUCAGAUGAUUAGUUUGUUCUCGUGUAGUAUCCAUUUCGCAGGCGUUCGAGUCAUUGGAGCAAAGAAUUAUACAUGAACACGCAAAAGUUUUAGGCACUUCUCCAACGACUUCAUGAAGAUUAUUUUUAGUAGAAUGCCUGAUUGACCUAUAGAAAACGACCAUUUUAAUUUUAACAUUUGCCUAGGAUUGUCAUGCUUUUUUAUAGUUCCCGCAGAGGUUGUGGCUUUGAACUCCCUCCCAGUAUAUGUACGAGAUAGUGUGUCUAUGCAUUAUCUGUUGACUAGUCGAUUUUCAGUGAAAAAGUCAUCGGCUAGUGUCGGCUAUCAUUUCCAAAGGCCUACAGCGUCCACGCUUUCACUGUGGUUCUCUCUUCCUGUGGUUCAAGUAGUCAUUUGCAUUUCUGUCCAGUUCUACUACUUUUGGAAAUGCAAGCCAACAUCAUUUUUUCUCGCAAACUUGUCUGCUUAGAAUCCUUGGAUUCGCUGGAAAGAAGCUGCGCACGACCACUCUGACUGGUAUUGUCCUCACCAGUCGCUAUGUGCGGUCAGACGCAGUCUACAUCUCUACAUAUGGCACCUACGGUACAAAGUCCCUAAUGCAACUACACGUCUAUCUUUUCUUAAUUGGAAUUACGUCGACUUCCUUCCUCACGUACACCUCUUUUUAAAUUUUCAGUCUUGGGCCUUUCACUCCAGGCUUGGUUCCCAGAUUCACGCUCUCGUAUGCCUGGAUUGAGGAUGAUAGCAGCCCCUUGUAUCUUCCCUCCGGGAGUCGUCACCCCGCUGCAGACGAGUCAAGUCAUGUGAACGCUGCCAGAGACUCGCAAAUAGUUUGGAUCAUUUUGUAA